UUGCCCGCCGUCUUCUAGUCACUCAAGGUCGUACCGACGAGAGGUAAUGCCAGCCAGUGGCUGUCUGAAUUACCUACCCUAGUUGGUGCCCAUCAGGCUGCGCUCGACGAGACUAUAAUUUGUGGACGAACCAAACAAAUUUACGAUAACAGGUCGGAUGGCUCCUGUAAGGAAAACUAUCUCUUCUCGACAUCCUUCUGAUCGCUUUUCCAAGAAGCAUAUUCGUAACGAGGAUGGGUCAGUAUUGGUUGUAAGUAAGAAAAUGAAAAACAUAAUAAAACAAGACCUUAAAGCACAAUUCAUAACUAAUAUGCUAACUGACGAUCCUAAUUCCGAAGAUCAUUCGAACCCUUCCCAAUCGUCUUUUAAACACGCCUUAAAUCCAUAUAUUGAAUGUAGUGAUAACAACAGUUUGAGUAAACCUUGCACUCGUUUAUCACCUAAUAAUACUAAUAUGCAUCGAAUUGUCAAAAAAGUUCAUCGUAAAAAGCGUCUCAAAUCUAAAUUGCAUUCGCAUUUUAAUCGCAAUCAAAAUUUAAAAUCAACCUUACUUUCUAUGGAAAAAGAUAUAAAAGGAGAAUCUCGUGAAAAUCAACAAUCGAUAGUGUACUUUUCUACCGAUCAGUCAGCUUUCGUAAAGUCAAAUGGAAUGCGUAUUCAAAAGUCAAAAUUGAAAUCCUCACAAAACCAACAAUCAAACGUUGGCGAUAAUUAUAUUGAAGAAAAAAGACCAUCAUCAAUAGAUAUUGUCAAUUCCUUUCGCAGCUUGCUACAACAAUUUUAAUGGAUAUCUCUUUUUGUUGUUGUUGAUUGUUUUACGAACUAGUUCUCGAAAUAGAUCAAAUCGUUUGUAGAUUAUAACAGUAACUGUAAAUUUGAUUAUUGAUAGUGUCUUGGAAUUGUUUUUGUAAAUAAAUAAGUUACAUGAAUAAAACUGUAUAUACUAGUUGUAUUUCAAGUUUUGUAUUUUAAAAGGGUAAACAAUCUAUCCUAUGAAUUUUUCAAAAAUUGAAAUGUCAGAUUUCUGACUUAAUCAGUGUAGACAUUUGAUUUUCUGUUUAUUUAAAGAUUCGUAAAUCAUUCUCCACUUUGAUUUAAAUGAUAUUGCUAGUUUGUAUAUAAUACAUGGUUCAUGAUUUUUGA